AUGCGCUUCAUCCGAGAAGCUCAAGGUCUUGAGCGCCAUGAGUCGUGUCGCUCGCAUCUGAAGAAAUGGAUAGACAUGAGUCGUAGCCGUGAUGCAGAGAACAAAUGUCUUGAGGAAAAGCAUAGUGAGGUUCGCCAUGCUCUAUUCCUCGCUGUAAUUCGUCGCACCAGUUCUGUAUCAUCUCUUGCCCCUAGUAUGAAGAAAGCCCAGUCACCACUCGCAGUCAAAUGGAGCUCGUACAUUGAAGCUAUUGGCCUUAAAGACACUAGCAGUAAACAGCGCCGCGUCCGGUUUGUGGAAAACGACGUUGAGUACGAUGAACUUCAUGGAUGCACGGAACAGGAGGAACCUAUGGACCACACUUUGGCUGAAGAAUUGGUUGAAAAGGAGGUUUUUUCGACACAGUUUGUGCCUCGUGGGUCCCGCUUUGCGGAUCAACCAGAGGACACUAUUUUGGAACAGGGCUUCCUGACGAUGCCUGUAAAUGCGCCUUUUUUCCAGAAUAGACGGUACUAUUGUCUACUUCGAGGCCACAACCUGCAAAUGUUCACUUCCGCAGCGCAUGCUGCCAAGAAUUCAGGAUUAAAGGAACAGCUUACGAUCCUUAGGGUGCAAGACUGCGAGACUCUGCCCACGCAGAAGCAAUUUGCGUUGUUUGGCGCCUCGCUACCGGUGCAAAUCAGCCUCAUGUUCUACGUGAUCAAGACCAAUGGCGAACGCGUGAUUUUUACAGCUGACACCAAGAGUUCGAAGCGCAAUUGGGUGCACUCACUCACUCGCGUCACGUACGUGGGUGAGGGUAAGUGUUACACAAGCACACCUUUAGUUCGGAGUUGGUGUAGCUCUACCCCGACACCAUCUAUAUGCACGCUGCCACCAGUACCAGAAGUUGAACCGGAAGAGGAAAUGCAAGACGAUGUUUCCGCAUUUAAAUUUCUUGAGUCGGACAGGAGGAAUACCUGCACUACCGACCAUAAUGCGUGUCGCCAUUUAGAGCCAAAUGCUCAAAGCCACAAGAAAAUAUUCGGUCGACUCAAGGUCUGCACACGAGGAUUCUUUUUUGUGCCUCAAGACUUGCAACGUCCGAUUUUACGCUUUCCAUUUCGUUCGUUCAUUGCUGAGCCUGUGGCUGAAUGUUUUGUACAAUGGCCAAUAAUUAAUUUCGAGAGGAUAUCCGAUUAUACAAUUGAAAAGGUUCCAGUUGUGUACUUGACAUUCCAGACGCAGCAAGUGAUUGAACUGCAAGCACGAGGGAUUGAUCAUCCGUAUAUCUACAAGGAUACAAGUAUUACAAAAGAAAUGGAGGUUAUUGACACUGGAAACAAGCAGAAGAGCAGUUUAAGGGGAGAAACACCGGCCAAGUACAUUUUUACGCUUCAACAUGUGACGCUUGACGCGUUUCUCGCAAGUAUUCACGUCAUUUAUGACGUAUCCAAGUUACCUCGCCGAUUGCGUACUAAAGCAGAAGAAGAAGCUUUGUUGGCUCCAGUAUUGGCCCCAAGACUGACGGAUAAGUUUGACUUAAGCUUACUUAUUGAUUUUCGAGAAAGAAUACUCAUGAAAAGAGGCUGUGUUGCAAACCGCAUCGAGCCAUUGCUCAAGUUUCCAGGGUGUCUAAUGCUCACGACUCGGAGACUAUACUUUCAACCGGCACCGCUUAAUAACGUGCUUGACCCUGUGCUAAACUGGGACUAUACUGACGUGGACCAGGUCUACAAACGACGAUAUUUACUCCAACAGAUUGGGUUGGAGAUAUACUUGAGCAAUGGUGACAGCUUUUUCUUUUCUUUCCGAUCCCAGACAGAGCGUGAUGAUUUUUACGCGCUUUUGAUGGGCCAACCAGAGCUGCAGCGUUGUCGCCGUAAGGAUUUACAGUUCAUGAUGCAGAAGUGGCAGCAACGUGAACUAUCUAAUUUUGAUUAUUUGAAAUUCCUCAACAACGCCUCAGGCCGGACGUGCAAUGACUUGACACAGUACCCAGUGUUUCCGUGGAUAUUGUGUGAUUACACGAGCCCAGAUCUCCAUCUUGAUAACCCGAAAGUAUAUAGAGACCUUACCAAGCCAAUCGGUGCGCUCAACGAGGAGCGUCUUGAGUAUUUUAAGGGAAGAUACGAAGCCAUGCCUCGUGGCGACGAAGCGGAGGGAACGCCGCCUCCAUUUUUAUAUGGCACGCACUAUUCAACUCCGGGUUACGUGCUUUAUUUCCUUGUACGCAAGGCUCCUCAAUGCAUGUUAUGCUUACAGGGUGGAAAGUUUGACGCGCCGGAUCGCCUGUUCCACAGCAUCAAAGUUACGUGGGACGGUUGUAUGUCGAAUUAUACCGAUGUAAAAGAACUUAUUCCUGAGUUCUUCGACUGCACAGUUCCAGCAAGCGAGUGGCUGCAAAAUAAUAAGCAUCUUGAUUUGGGAACGAUGCAAAAUUUUGAGCGUGUUGACGAUGUCGUGCUUCCGCCGUGGGCACAUGGCGACGCAAAAGUAUUUGUACAGAAGAAUCGCGCUGCGCUCGAGAGUGACUACGUGUCAGAUAGCUUACACCAUUGGAUUGACUUAAUUUUCGGCUACAAGCAACGAGGAGAGGAAGCCGUCGAGGCUAAUAAUUUAUUUUAUUAUUUAUCAUACGAAGGAUCGGUGGAUUUACAAGCUAUCGAUGACCCCAUGCAAAGGAGCUCACUGGAAGCGCAGAUUCAGGAGUUCGGACAGACGCCAAAGUUGUUGUUCUCUACGCCGCAUCCGCAUCGAAAUGAGGGCGAUGGGAAGGUUAAAGUGGCUACUCCGGACUUACUCGUGUCACCACGAGACGUGGCUCCUCGAAUUCGCAGAGUCUCAUUUCCAUUGCCUGCUUCCCGUCUUCGACAUCAAAAAGUGGCUGCACUAAGCUCAUUCAAAGAAUACGCAGACUCUGAAGGUAAGGACUGUAAUCACCGUCCACAUCCUUACGGUUGUAGUCUUAUCUGUGUUCAGAUCCCUUGGAAACUUCUUCGAAAUACUCUUUUCGGCCAACUUUGGGGAAGUGUAAGAUCAGGCAAACCACCUAAGAAGUGGAGAUGGAGAUCAAGGCUAAAAACCAAGUACAGCCUAUCAACUUCGUGGAGCUGGAAGCAGAUUUCGGCUAGCCAGUUGCACAAAGGAGAAGUCACUAGUACCAUUCUUUCCAAGGAUGCCUCUUUUUUAUUGACUACUAGCAAGGACAGCUCGCUGAAGUUAUCCUCAACCGAGGAUGUGACCCAAUCUCGUGAUGUGUCAGGCGAGUUCGCACUGUCAUGCUGUGAUUUAUCGCCAGAUGAAAGUGUUGUGUUCGUUGGGUCAUGGGAUAAUUGUGUGUACAUGCACUCGGCAACAACUGGGCUGGUGCUGGACAAGGUAUUUGCACACUCGGAUGGAAUCUCUGCCAUUCGUGUUUUCCAGAACCGCUUCUUCACGAGUUCCUGGGAUUCAACAGUCAAACUCUGGCAGUAUACGUCAAGGCGCAUCAUAUCUACACCCUUACGGACUUUUUUAGACUGCGAAGAGUCUGUCUUGUGUUUGGACGUUAGCCGCGACGGGCUUUUUGGUGCAGCCGGGACUCGAAAUGGACUAGUCUAUCUGUUCAACCUUAGUGUCGCAAUGCUGCACAACCGCGUUCAAGUGGGAUCAGAGUCUCGAAAUGGGAUCGCAUCAAUUUCGUUUGCUGAAGACAACCAGUCGUACGUCUGUGUGACUGUGCAGAGCGAGUUGUUUCAGUUCAACCUUUACGGUGAAAAGCUUUGGAGCAUGGAUAUCCGAACAGCCGGUCAAGUUCGGUGUUUCGAAAGCGAUGGGAACUAUGGUGUGGGUAGCACCACUGCCGGUAAAAUUCUCUUUUGGAAAUUUCACGAAGUAGCAGGCACCGAAUUGGUCUACGAGAUUCCACAAGCUCAUGAUGCAAGUAUCAGCUCUCUCGAAGUCAGUUGUUGUGGUUCAAUUCUCGUUUCCGGUGCUGUCGAUGGUUCUGUCCAUGUCUGGAAACUUUACAAAAAGCCGUCCUUAAAAAUUGACUCCAGCGAUAUGUUUCACUCUUCAUCAAGAAGAAGAUCACGAAUACUGCAAUAUGGUUCGAUCCAGACAUUAACUUCCACUUCCACAGCACCCAUUUCCAAGCAGCAACAAAAUACUCGACAUCAUCCUAGCGAUAUUCCCAAUUUCACGACCCAAUUCGCCGAAGCAGACUAUUUUUUAGAGUGA